ACGAAACGUUGAUAAAUACGGGCCUGCGGCCCCUUUAAAAAUAAAUUCGCACUUGAAUUCGUGCGUUGCGCCGUCGAGUGAACGAAACCGACGGACGGAACGGACGAACAGAAAAGCCAAAGCAACGUGCCACAUAGUUUGAUACACAUCGCAUUGACGGGACCCGUCUGACAGCUGGUGCCGCCGUAUUGCAUCAGAAUGACUGAGACCGUGGCGGAACUGGAAAACGCCGUUUUCACCGAAAAUGACACCAAGGCCCUGUGGGUCUUCGCAUACGGCUCGUUGUGUUGGUUACCCGGUUUCCAGUUCCACAAGGCAGUCACCGGCUACAUCAAGGGCUACACGAGGAGGUUCUGGCAGGGCAACACCACGCACAGGGGCACCGAACAACAACCCGGAAGAGUGGCCACGUUAGUCGAAGAUCCGAACGGACUGGUGUACGGACUUUCCUAUGCCAUCAGCGGAGACGCCGCCAUCCCCUACCUAUCCAAACGCGAGUGCGAACUAGGCGGCUACAUAACCCAGUUCACGGACUUCCACACGAGAAAGGGCCAAGUAAUAAAGGUCCUGCUGUACGUGGCGACGCCGAAGAACCCACUAUGGCUCGGCGACGGCCGUACCGAAGACAUAGCCCGCCAAAUAGUCCAAUCGUCCGGUCCCAGCGGCCACAACGUCGAAUACCUGAUCAGAUUGGCGAACUUCAUGCGUGAACAUUUCCCGGAACAUUACGACCAUCACUUAUUCAAUUUAGAGAGGGACGUUCUGUCGAUAGUGAACGAGGAGAAUAUGUGCCUUGAGGAUCUGAUGGGUACCGGCAAGGGAUGUGUCAGGUUCGUGAGGAAGAUGUCCACCGGCAGCAACGAGAGCAACGACAAUAAUAAUCACGAGAGGCCAGAGUCCUUCCAGCACACGACCAGAGUUCCUGACAAGCCUUUGCGCUGCUUAAACAUUUAGUACUUUAAAGUGCCCACAUAUGUAUUAGUACAUGUACAUUAUAUUGUGAUUUAUUUAUUGUUUGACGAGUUUAUACAGACAUAAAUUACAUUGAAACACUAGAUGUGAUGACAUAAUAAGCUACCGUGUAGCUGAAGGAAGUUGUGAUAUGGUUUGAGUGCAUUUACUUGUAUGAUUCAUUGCACAAAGUAUUUUUCUAUUUGGCCGAUGUUUCUGUUGCCUGCCUGUUCGCCCUGAAUGUCAUUUAUUGUGUCAAAAUAUUGAGCAUCUAUUAAAUGUUUAAGACUGUUGAAAAUUAACAGCUUUAACAACAACAUAUUUUUAUUAUACCCUCCCAUCUUUAUCAAAAAUUAUUUAUAUUUUUUAUAUCAACUUAACUGUGAUUUUAUAUGAUUAUUAAACUAUAUAAUUAAUUUUAAA